AUAGCAGCGCUGAGCUUACACUCGCUCAGUCUGUGUCACAACAGAGAGAGAAAGAGAGAAGAGAAGUAAGAGAGUGAGUGAGAGAGGGAGCGGGAGGAAAAGAGGGGCAAACACACACACAGACACUGACAGAUAGACAGACGGGUGCUAGAUUGGUGUAACAUGUCAGAGAAACUGUCAGGGAACAUCCUGGUUACUGGGACCAGCAGAGGGAUUGGACUGGAGCUGGUCAGACAGCUGGUUCAGCAGGUGGGGUUGGAGACUCACCUGUAUGCCUGCUGCAGGAAGCCGGAUGAAAGCAAUGCUCAGGUGAGACACAUUUACACACCUGACAAAGACCUGAGGGCAUGUAAGAGAGAUUUAGUACCACAGAUGAACAUUUACUGACCGUCAUCUGUUUUUGUGACUUUGUAAAGACUGUGAUUUCAAACUGACUUUAAUAAGCGCUGAGAUUUUACAAGUUUGAAAAAGUUGUUAAAGGACAACAACAACCAGCUUUACUAAUAACCACAUGAACUUACAGUCAUCAUCUAUUUCUAUUGAUGUUCUUAUUUAUGUUUUAUCCACAUCAGCAGCCCUGAGACUGAAACUUGCUAUUAUCGUUAUCAACAAGAACAUCGUUCUCAAUAUUUAGUUAAUUUUAUUAAAAAAAAAAAAAGUUAUCAUCAUUCCCAGUAUAUUGUGACAGCCUCACCAUGAAUGUUUGUCCACAGCAGGCCCCAAAAGUCCCUUUGGCUUCAGGCAUAAAAAUAAAAUAGCUCAGUUUUGUGUUUUUUUUUUUUUACAGUGAGAGUAUCAUUUAUGAGGCGCAGAUCAGCAGCAUGUGGUUUCCUUUAGUUUGUUUUCGAGCUAAUAAUUCAAUGAAACAAACAUGCAAUGAAAUCUUUGACCUUUAACCUAGAGAAUAAUUUGUGCUGUUUGACUGGAAACAAGAGUUGGGCAGAUUUAGAUCGAAACAUCUGCUGAUAGCAGAGCCAAUCUGGUUGUCAGUGUUUGUCCCUAAAGACGGUGAAUAUGUGGGUGUAGCUCUGGACAUCGUCAGAGUCCAAAUAGACUGAAAGGGCAGAGAGGUCCCUCAGUGAGCGGGUGGCUCUCCAGCAUGUUAGAGUUAUUUAUUUUACCAUCAUUACAGCUGAUUACACAUUUACAUAAUAUUCACAAAGACCUCCUGGAGCCACUUUAAUCGAACAGUCUGAUCUUAUCUCAGUAAGGAGUUUAUCUGCAUCCUGAACCCAACGGAUCAAGACAGGGAUCAACUCAGUUUAGCAAAAAGCAGAAAAAACUCAUUGCAGAGGGUACAAGAAAAGUUGAACCGAUAGUUUGACUGUUUUAUUCCAAAUCAGUGCAACAGCAGGAUUUAAAAGGUGUGGUAAAGUUGCACCACCAUCUGUAAUUUUGUAAUCAAGAUGGUUUGAUUAAAGUCCACCUGAUGAUCCCACAAACACAGAUUAUUUCUGACAAAGGCGCCAGAAGCCUCACUCAGCUCUCUUCCCUCUGUAGUGGGGAAAGAAAUGAAUUUUUCUCUUUUUCUUACAGUCUAGAUUUAAUUUAUUAUUGUUGUAAAGUAAUUUAAUGUCAUCUGCCUAAAAAUGUGCAGCAUUAACAUUAUUAUAAAAUAUGACACCUGUUGGAGACCAACAAAAUCCCAGAGAGUGACUGAAAACCUUCACUGAGAAAUUUUGGAGCGCUGCAGGCAGAGGAGCAUGUCUGUGCUGCAUCUGCAUAUUAUACAACAAUGAAUGAGCUCUUUGACAGGUGAGACAGGCCAUCACUAUGGGAAAUUGUUUCUUAACCACAGACCUUAAGGAUGCCUACUUCCAGAAUCCUAUCUGGAAGGGAAACUGGCGCUUCCUGAGGGUCAGCUUCAAUGGCAGGAUUUCUAAGUUUCAAGUCCUGCCAUUUGGCAUAGCUCUAGCUCCUUGGACAUUCACCAGAUGAAUAGAUGCAGAUCUUACAUUAAUGACAUGACAGGAGAUCAGGAUCCUGAAUUAUCUGGACGACUGUCUGGUUUGUGCAACUUCAGAGGAUCAGUGCCAUCUUCAUGUGGCUCUACUCUUGAAACACAUUCAUGGCCCAGGAUUGCACCAAAACCACAAAAAGACCAAGCUCCAGCCCUCCCAGGUGACAACAUUUAUGGGCAUGGGUCUGAACUCCAAGAAGGAGACUGCACUCUCCCAUCCUAUGCAAGCUAGCCACCAGACUGUGGCAAUAGGCUCUGUCCCUCUUCUGCUCGCUCAGAGUGGUACAAGUGCCAGGCCUGUCAAACUCAGCGGAGGACACCAUGUCAAGGGUGGGCCCAUGGGGGCGACUUCAACCUCAGGUGAGGAAAUCUGGCAUUGCCUGAGCAAGACAAGGGUCGAACUGUUUGCAUCCAGAGAGUCAACCUGUUGUCAAUUGUUCUCCUUCCUGAUGAAUGAUAACCCUCCUCUGGGUUGGGAUACCUUGGGACACACAUGGCCCAGGCUUCUGCUGUAUGCCUUCCCUCCUUCCGCACUACUUCCGUCCAUCCUCUGGAGACUGUAGUUGGAGAGGAUCAGGUUGAUAUUGGUGGCCCCUCUUUGGCCCCAUAUGCCAUGGUUCCCAGCAAUCCCACUCCUGGUAGACUAGAUGCCAUGGGAGCUCCCCCUUCAGAGGGAUCUGGCAUCCCAGGCAAGUGGGACACUCUUCCAUCCUUUUCCAGCAGGGCUCGCGUUGGUGGCUGAGCCUGUCCCAGGUCCCUUUCAUCAGGUCUACCAGAGCCUGGAGGGAGAACAAUGCAGGAAGCCUGGGCACCAGGGCUGCUCACUCCUACCACUGGGGGGUUCACUGCCUGGUGUGAAGCCCUGCAAGUAGACCCUUACCUGACCACAGCCCAAAAUGUCCUGCAGAUUUUGCAGUCUUGGCUGGAAGCUUGGAAGUCUGCCAUUACACUGCGGGGCAUGGCGGGAGCAAUCAAGGCAGUUUGCUGGAUCAGUUUGUUGGAUAAAUUAAACACUGCAGUCAGUUUGUGUGUAUGACCUGAGUCUAAACAUAAGAAUAUAAUUUAUCUCAGGUUUGACAACUUUAUGUUUUAAUUUUAUGUCCCAUGUCUGAAGAUGCUGUGUUGGAAUAAACAACUGUUACACUGACUCUUUAUCAUCUCUGUCUAUUUCUCCACCAUCUUUCUUUCUUUUUCUUUUUUACUCUUCAUCAUGUCUUCCUCUGUCUGUCUGUUUUCCCGCAGCCUCUAAGAGACCUCGCUGCCCAGUAUCCUGGAAAGAUCUCAAUAAUCAAACUGGGUAAACUCAACCAGCACACACUGUCAUGUAUACACCAUACAUGUGUAGAACCGGAACUUCACACCAGCAGGUUUUUAUCAUUCACUGUCUUAUACAACUAUCAGCAGACAAAAAUGGACCAGAGCCAGAACCCUAACCAGUGCUUUGAGACAGUAAUCAGUCUGCAAGUCAGUAUUCCCAAGAUCAACACUGUUAUUUGCUGGGGAAUGACGAAGGGUUAUUAUGUUAUUAUAAACAAGACAAUGAUCCUCAGAUGUCGGACUCUACAACUGAAUAUGACCACCAGGGUCAGAGUAAACUGCACCUCUAGUUCAGGAAGGAUGACACAGAUGCUGAAUAUAAGAGGCCCAUGGUUGGAUCCCUGAGGAACUCCCCUCACCAUUUCGACUUUCUUACAAGCAGUAGUUGAGUUGAGGGGGGAUGAGGGGGCAUGGCAUCCCCCCUGAAAUGAAAAUGGUAAAAAUCAUACCCCUUCUAAAAUGGUCAUCCCAGCUUUCCAUCCCUUUAGCCGUUUUUAUAUGGAAAUAUUACUAGUAUUUUAACAUUGGAAAUAUUGCCACCAUUUCAACAUUUAGGGGGUGUGAUGGAGCAGCGUCCUUGUCCCUCUGUAGGUCCAGUGUUUAGCAAGUGAAGGUAAUCCUUUCAAAGACUUAAAAAUGGGACGUUUAUUAUAAACCUCUUGUCAUCAAAGUUUUGGAACUACCCAAAGACCAUGAAAGUGUUGCUCUUUUCAGACAAUCUACUGUCAUGCAGAAAGUUUGUCAAGAAAAUACCAGAAAGGAGAGUUUCGGAGGUUGCAGCAAUUCAUCUUUUCAUAACUGAUCUGAUCAAACUGUAUUAACACGACCUCUCAUUUUGUCAGACUGAGAUCGGAUACCACCAUUUUACAGGUUUCUCUGAUCAGAUGACUUUGUAGCAUGAGGUUGAGUAACGUACUCAUGUGUUCAUGCUUGCCUGUAUCUGCAGACAUGUCAGAUGAGGACAGUAUCUUGGCAGCUGUUCAGGCCGUUAGCGAGGAGAUCGGAGAUGGUGGGUUAAACCUUCUCAUCAAUAAUGCCGCGAUCAACAGACCUGAGUCACCAGCUCCGCUAUCUGCCACAGAGAAGAAACACAUGAUGGAUGUUUACGAGACCAAUGUGGUCGGACCAUUUCUCCUAGCAAAGGUUGGUUUGUGGAAUAACAGAAAUAUUUGUUUCAGGCCAAGCUUAAGUCUAAAGGGAGAGAAGGACAAGACAGCAAACCAGUUCAAUCAAUACUCGCUUUGAAGCUGUUAAACAUUACAUGUAUAUCUUUGUUACAAGCAUACCUUGACACUCACUCAUGACAUAACUCUGUUCAACGUUGACCUUUACACCAACACAGAACAUACCCAUGGUUUCCUAACAAUGUUCUGACUGGUUCCUUAUACUGUUCCACCCUUUUGAUUUUUUAGAAAAAUUUAAAAGAAGAAAUAAAAUCACUGAAAUAAAACAGAUUAUUAAAACAAAAUGUUACACUAUAGAUGAUCCUGCAACAUCUUGUAUUGCCUGAAAUUCAAGGGGCAAACCUACUGGUACUCCAAAACCAUCCAGUUCAACUCCUCUCUUAGUUUUAUGAUUGCCAUCUUGGGAGAUAACUGUGGCCCCCUUGGCAAGCGUAUCCAUUGCACAUUCCUUAUCUUCCCCCAGUUUAAUCCUCAGUGUUGCUCUUUGGCCACAUGCAAAGAAAGGCAUCUGGUGUUCAGUCUUAAAUGUCGAUGAUUUCUCCCAGCCAUCUACCUCUGCCUGAUGCUUUGUUAGCCCCCACCCACUGAACACACUUACUGUGAAUGCCAGGAGGUGAGACUGCAUUUACAGAACCCAUUCUGAUAGAGGCAGAGUUCAUGUUUAUGAUUGGCAAAAAUAUGCAGUCCAUCAAGCAAACUUUCCUAGGGACCCUGGGGUAGAACUUGUCGAUGUGUAAUAAAAGGGUGCCCAUUUCAGUAAGAUGUAUUUUUGUACUAUAUCUGAUCUCUGAAACAUAAUAUAGCUCUCACAAAAUUCAUGUUUAUCUACAGUGACAUACUCUUGUUGUGGUACUAUCCAGAUCUAACCCAUUGUAGCUUCUUCAACAGAGCUUGGCAUUAACCAGAAAAUGAGCCAGGCAGGCUGUGAUUCAGUCACUCGAGACUCCGAGAGUGAAGUCUCAGGCCAUGCUGUCGACAGAAUUGAGGAGUUGCAUGCUAGCAGGGAGUUGAGUUUGUUGUUUAGCCCAUGACGUUGCUCUGGAUCCCACCCAUUUCUGUUAUUCCAGUUUGUUAAGAUUCUGUCUGAGUAGAUGAAGCGUGCACAUUCACAAAUGCAGGGUUCAAGACUGAAUCAGCUGGUGAUGAUAAGAAGUGGUGGGAGGAGAACUGUUCCAUAACCUCCCACCAAAAACUGCAAAAAUGAAAUACCACAAGCUAACAAUGGAAAUAUUGAAUUUUGGGUCUCAUAUUUACUGCGGCUAAACCGGUAUCUCUCACCUCUCUGUCUUUAGAUGUUCCUCCCACUCCUCCAGAGGGCAGCAGAGAAACACUCACCUGAAAAUGACAACGGUAAUAUCUCAACUAGAAAAUUCCCUCUUGGAAAUUUUGAAAGCGCCAUGGGGGUGACUGCCGGGGUGUGUACAUGAUGAUGAGAUUCUUUAGAGAUUUCAAAUAAUUAAUACUAUUAAUACCACUGUAAUAUUAUAUACAAGGAGCACACCUACAUCAAACAUUCCUAUUUCCAAGUAUUCAUACAAAAAAAAAAAGCAGAAGACAUUUGAAAAAAACUAAUAUUGCUCUCUUUUUUUGGCUUGUCCUAUUAACUUCAGUGAAUUUUAUUUUUUUUUUUACAGUUUUUUAAUAUUCAUAUACUAUUGGUAACAGUAAUGGCAAACUGAUCACAAUCAAACCACAUGUUUUGAUAUAUAAUUUGUCCCUCAACUCCUCAGGCUGUAGGUUUAACAAUGAAUCUAAAUUUGUCCUAAUGAGGGAGCAGUCCCUGAUUAGUAAAUUGGUCUCAGCUGUGGGCCUGUCUGAGGCUUUACAGGUUGCCUUGGCAACUUUAGCUGGUUGCCCGUGAUGAAAGACGCUCCGCAGACUAAGGCCUUGGCGCUGAUCUUGCAUCUGGGCUCAUUCUUUAAAAAAAUGGUUGCUUCUAUCAGAGAAUAAAGCAGACCAUGGUCAUUGUUGGGACUUCCUGAACGCUUUGAUAUGAUUUUGGUGUUUCUACAGUAAAUACUUGCAAGUUAUAAACAGGACUCCCUUCUGCCUCUGUCAAAAAUUAUUUGUAUUAGUGUCAAUGGGAAGCAGAGAGAGACAUUGCCACACUCAGUAUUUAAAUUCCGUAAGUAUCUCUGCUUAGACAAACACAUCGUUAGAGACAGAACAAGUGUGUCUACAACUGUGGAAAAAACCUGCAUGUAGAGUGUAAUUUGUGGCCUGGAGAAGUGUGGAAAGAGAAAAGUUUCAAACAAUUUCAUGCAACUUCUCUCACUCUAGCCAAUGAUGUCACCCACUCUGGUAAUAGCACACCAAUCCCAAUCAAACUGCACGUGUUAAUAUGUUCUUUGUCCUACAACUCUUUAAGCUGUAAGACUUGUAGUGGACCUAAAUUUGUCCAGAAGAAGAACAAGAAAAAAAUCCACAGUAUAACAAUAGUGCCUCAGGGCUGCAUCCUGUUUGCCCUGUGGCCCUAAUUAACUCUAAAUAUCUACCCUGAAUCAUGUGAACUUGAGUUUUUUUCCCUUUAAGCUCUUAAUAAAAGUUGCACCACAUACUGACCAGGUAAAGCAGGACUACUAAAUUCUGACUCUCGUGAUCUCUCACAUUACAACUGCUUUCUGCAAAUAAUUACUUAAAAAAAACAAAAAAACAAAAAACAAAACAAAAACAGGCUCAUUCUGUAACAGCUCAUAUUCAGCGGUAAUCACAGCCUUUUUCACUAAAUGAGACUAAAGGAGACUCUUGUCCAGUCUGCAUCAGUCCCUCAUAGAUGCUGAUUUUAUCCAGCUUUCUCUCUCUCUGAAAGUCUUCUGUUCUUCUCUUUAUCUCCAGCCACUUGCCCUCCCCCAUCAUCCCCCCAUCCUCCCUUUAUUUACAUUCCUGAUGAAUCAGUCUAAAGCAUUUUGUACAGAGGAGGCAGGAUGGGCUGUAACUGCUCUUAUCGUCUCAGCUGCUCUCACUCUAAGGGCUUCUUUCUGCAGUUCCCAUAUCAUUUUAACUUUUCUAACUUUAAUUAUAAGGCAGAGGAUAAGAACCAUGUAAAAGGGGGAAAAAAAUCAUAAAUAUAUGGACUCAUAACCUCACAUGCAUCAAAGUGUAAUUUAACUAGAACAAAGUUGUGAGAGAAAAAUGUCAGAUUAACAAAAAAAAGGUGAUGAAUACAGAAAAAUGUCUACAUUUAUUGAACAGUCAUAAAUGAAUAAGAAUAAGGGUGCAAUCUAGUGAAUUUGGAGAGAAAAAGUCAAAUCUAUAAGAUUAAUCAUCAGUUUACAAGAAUAAAGUUGUAUUUUUAAUGACCAAGUCGUAAAGGUAAAACUCUUAAUAAAACUUUUAGGUUUAAAUUUUGGAUUUGAGUUCUUUUAUGAUUUAAGUUAUAAAUAAAUGAAAAUAAACCUACAGUUGUACAUUGGAUACAAUUUUAGAGAACAGAAAGUUGUCAGAGAAAAAAGUCACAGAUGAAGAAGAAUAAAGUCUUAAUUUUACAACAUUUCAGGCAUUUAUCCAUAAAAUUCGAGGAGUUUGUUUACAAGAAUAAAGUCCAGCACUAUCAGGUAAAAACAGGUUUUGUCAUCAGAUCAAAUCUGUAUUUUGAUCAGAUAAAAGUAAAUUUGGAGAUUAAAGAUGUGAACUAACAAGAACAUGAGCUAUAUUUAGAGGUCAUGCAGCAGACCUUACAGUGCAAAUCUCCCUGACUGACUGUGUCUGUCUGCGUGUCUGUCAGGUGAUCAAAUGUCCUGCAGGAGGUCGGCCAUCAUCAAUGUCUCCACACUCAUCUCCUCCAUAGAGAAAUGUCCGGAGACCUUCUCCAUGGCUCAGAUGUACCCCUACAGGACCAGCAAGGUACUGCCGGCUCACUCCUUUAAAAAUUAUUCAGACCAUAAUUCACAGAAAAAUAAUUAGAAUUGAGUUUUUUAAUGUCAGUGGAUCAAAGCUUGUUCUCUAUGACCUGAAAUCAGAAUGAUAUUCACAUCAAAAAACCCAAAUGUGAUACCAAAAAAAAAAAAAAAAAAGAAAAGAAAAAAGAUUAUACUGAGAUAUUCAGGUCGGUGUAAAAAUGAGCGACACCUGAGGAGCUGAGUGUCUGUGAGGGCAGAGCAUCAGUAAAUACUGAGUUCAACAAGUUUUCACUUCAUGCAGAUGUUUUAGCAUUUUACACCAUGUUUGAACUUCCUCACAUGUUUGAGGAAUUAGAGCACACUUCUCCUGAUAAAAUCAAUCAGCUGUUGCAGAUCAGCUGAGAACACUGACAGCAUUUAAAAAAUUGUGUAAACUGCCAAAAAUACAAGGAAAAUAAUAGAAUGAAAUAUGUUACUCUGACAUAAAUGAAAUAGGAAAAACAGAACAUUAAAUCAGUAAAGCACUGGCGACUUCAUCCUAAUGUAACUUGGUUCAAAGAGGGUCUGAAUCCAAUGAAGUGUCUACAGUUUAAUCUCUCCUUUAGCUGAAUAACUUCACUUAUCAGUCUAAAUGCAGUCAAGCGUCUCUGAGCAUUGAGACUCAACAUAAGUGUGUCAAGUCUUUGAUGUCUCUGCCGUACAGGUGUGUUCUCCUCUCUGGUGUGUGCGGUCACACUGUGCUGCUCUGGUAACUCCCUGAUCCUCCUGUUUGCUCUGUUGCACCUGUCAGGGCAGAUCAACUUCCACAUCCAACAUUGUUAUCUGCACAUAGAGUUCAGAGCAUCACCUCCACCUGACAAUCAAUCACUGCUGCUGAGUUCAGGGACCUCUAAACUCGUAGGAGUCUGUAAUCCCACCUAAUCUGUUCAUAUUUUCAGAACAGGUUGGACAUGAUUGCUGACUUCAUACUAAAGAGUGAGUUUGAUAGUAUGUACCUGUCAGAGCCGUAGAAGUAACACACUUGGAUGAAACUCAACAGCAUAUCGCCACACUAUUAAAAUAAUGGCAUAAGUCAUUUUUUGACGGAAAUGAGUUUUUGACCUAAAUCAUCUCUUGAUAAUGCUGACCAUCACUGGUAAAAUCGCCUAAAUCCUUAGUUGAAAGGAUCAUGGCAUGGCAAUUUAAAAUGAACAUAUUUUUACCAAACAGUCAAGUUGUCGGGUUCCUUGGUUUGAUAGAUUGUCUCAAAUGGAGGCUUUAAAUGAUUUUCAAACCAUCAGAUUCUUUUUAAAUCGACCUUUCUCACCUUUCUUUAGUUAGGUUGUAUAUCUUUUAAGCUAUGGUGGUAUUUCCUUAUUCGUUCUUGUGUUUCACCAGACUGCUCUGAACAUGCUGACUCGCUGUCAAGCUGAGGACUUUAAGACACACAAAAUCUUGGUGGCAGCGAUCCACCCCGGCUGGGUCCGCACUGAUAUGGGAGGAGAACAGGUGAGGAGUUACGUACACAAAGAUUGAGGUCAUUCUUUGAAUUUUGCAGGUUUGACUGACUGGAAAAAAAUGAAGAGGAGGAUAAAUCGACAAGUCUGUGAUGGAAACAUCCAGCCCUGGCUGGGGUUGGAUGUUAGGUUUUAGUUUUUGAGCAGCAGUAGGGUGAAGUUGUGUGCAUAUGUUGUCUUCCUUUACCUGUCCUGCAGACACCUAAACCUCUGAUGCUCUGUAGAGGAACACGAAUAAAGCUCCCGUGGAGUCCUGUACACCUUCUGAGUUUAUAAUGUGUGUGUUGGGCUCACUCCUCAGACUGACACAAACCUUGUCUUUGUUACUUCACUUCAGAAAAUCAGGAUUGCACUCACCGUUAUAAAGAUAGUUUUUCUAGGUUUAUAGAUUUGUUUUAAUGAAAAUAAAAGGCACUUAUCUUUCAAAGCUUUUCUUUAACACUUAAUUCAAAUCCUAUUUGGGUUUUUGUGAAACUCCAGGUGUCACUGUUCACUGUGGUUGUUUUUUUCUCCUUUAUUUUUGCUGACUCUUUUACUUCUUAUGUCUCUCUCUCCUCUAGGCUCCGGUAACCACCCAGGACAGUGUUCUCGGGAUGCUCCAGCUGAUGUCCUUACUCUCUGAUAAAGACUGUGGGAAGCUGCUGGACCGGCAGGGUAACCCCAUCCCCUGGUAGCAGACAGCAGGAUGACCACAAACUGAGAAUUUCACCACAAAAACAGAAAUAGAGAUUUUAUUGAGCACAGACAGCAGAGGAGUCACAAUCAAAGUUUCUCUCGGCUGUAAAUUUUCUCUUGUCACACUCUGCAGAGAAUCUUUGAUACGCUUUUUUAUCAACAAUGUCUCAGACUAACUUUUAUAUUGGAGGUGAAGUUGCACUUUAGAGGAGCAGUGUAUAAAUCACAGUGCCAUCUAGUGGUAAAUCUGCACACUACAACCAACUGAUCAACCUUUUCUCCAAGUGCAUCAACCUUUGGUGGUCACAACAACACCAGUAGUAAAGUGGACUCCCCAGAUAAACAUAUAAAAAAACUGUUAUUCUAUAAAAAAGCAUGAUUGUAGUUCUGCCCUAAAUAUGUUUUAAUAUGUCAAAACCUGAAUGUAUUUAUUUGAGUUUCUGCAAAAAGGAAACUGGGUGCAGAUGUUUCAUGACAAACUCACUUUACCACGUGUAUGGUACUGCUUUAGGGUUGUCUGUAGUAAGGACACUCCUCAGAAGAUACAGUGUUCAGAUGUUAUUCUGUCCAAAUAAGGUCUGUCAGGUGACCAGUUUUUCACAUCCUGAUUUAUCACAUUCACGAUUGUAGGUCUAACUUUCCAUUAUUUUGCAUCUGAAAACAGAAAUGGUUUCAAAAUCCACAUUAAACAUGCACACAGUUCUUAGCAGUGUCUUUAUUUGUGAAUCAAACACAUGCAACGAAAUGUGCUUUAUGAUCUUGACUUUUAGAUUUAUGAUUUAAAUAAACGCCACUCUGCUGCAUCUGUGUGAUUUAAAAAUCAUGACUUAGAGGGUGGAGACAGUUUCAGAGAGUUUGGUAUGUCACAUACAUGUCAUAUUCAUCUAAUACAAGCUCUAUUUCUAUUAUUUUAAAGGACAGCACUGUUAUUCACACUCUUAUAUAUAGAGAGAACGAGCAGAAAUCAUACCGAAACGAAUGCCUGUAUUUAUUUCACUGCUGGUUGAUUCAAACUUCCAUGCAUAUUUUAAAGAAUUAACAUUUUUUUGACUGAAAAUCCAUCAGUAGUCUCCCAAAAGCAACUUUCUACCAUUGGGCUCAUCAUUUAAAUUUCUUUUCUUUUCUAAGGUUUUUUUCAAAAUUGAUCAAAUUUACAAGUGCAGAGUUUUACUGAGCAGCAAAUUAAAAUGUAUAUUUUGCAGUUUUUUCUUAUAUUAAAAGUCUUGUGAGGAGUUUUCUGAUGUUAAUGAUGAAUAAAGAAAUUCAUUCUUGAUGCCUUGAUACAUGUUCCCCAAAAGCAAACACGACCAUCAGGGACAAGACUGAUGAUUUCUAUAUAAUAUUACUCUGUCAAAAGUCAGGAUGAGGAGAUUUUUAUUAGAAGACACUACUUCGGCAUGUGGAUGGCAAGAUAAGCAAAGACUGCUCUGUCCACAGGGAGGCGCCAAAAUGGACCCAAACCAAAAGUUUGACAGAGGAGCUUUGAUUUAAAUUGCACUUAGACUGAUGUAACAAAUGCCAAAAUCUGGUUUGUUUUAGUUGGAAUGGAGGUUGUUAUUUUUUUCUGUAAUUAAGAUUGAGAAUGUUCUUUA